AUGAGUGGACUCUCGACCGUUACGCCGGGGACAUCGGAUGACCUUCCUCUUUCCGGUGUGCGCGUUCUCGAGCUAGGUCAAGUUAUUGCAGGUCCAUUUUGUGGCCAAUUGCUAGGUCAUUACGGCGCCGAGGUGAUCAAAAUUGAACCGCCCCAUAUCGGUGAUCCCCUUCGAGUUUGGCGAGAGCUCGACGUCGAUGGAGUAAGUCCAUGGUGGAGGAGUAUCGGGCGCAACAAGAAGAGUGUGACAAUUGAUUUGCGCAAGGAGGAAGGAAGAAAGCUAGUCAAGCAGCUGGCGAUCAAAAGCGACGUUCUUCUAGAGAACUUCAAGCCUGGGACUCUGGAGAAGUGGAAUCUUGGCCCUGCAGACUUGCAUCCGCACAAUCCUUCGCUCAUUUUCACUCGAGUAAGUGGAUAUGGACAAACAGGGCCAUGGGCAUCCCGUCCGGGUUAUGCAUCUGUAUGCGAAGCAGAGUCAGGUUUCCGGUAUAUCAAUGGCCACCCUGAUCCAGAGACAGGUAUGCUCUCUGGCCCGCCUGUUCGCCCGAACAUUAGUCUAGGAGAUUCAGUUGCUGGAUUGCACGCAGCAUUUGGUACAGUCCUUGCGCUUUUGUCCAAGCGUCGAAAAGAAGCGAAAGGCCAGCCUGCGGGCCAGACAGUGGAUGUGAGCAUUUUCGAGAGCAUGAUAAAUUUAAUGGAGGGAAUAAUCCCCGAAUACGACCGCAAGGACAAGGUGAGAACGCUUCCUGAUGAUUACCACUUGGAGUGUUUGGAGCCGACAUUUCCCAUGCAUCCACCCAGACCCUCGCCAGCAGCGCCAUUGGCCCCUUCAUUCAUCGUGAUUGGCGCGAAUGCGGACACCAUGUACGUUCGGAUGAUGAAUGCCAUUGGACGACCAGACCUCACCGGACCACUAUAUGCGCAAAAUCAGCAUCGUGUUACGCGUCAGGAAGAGAUCGAAUCAGCCAUUUCGACGUGGACCCAAACGAAGACCGCCGAGGAGGUGGAGAAGAUCCUGCAGGCCGUGGGCGUGCCCACGGGUCGUGUCUCUAGCGUGAAGGAACUCUUCGAGAAUCCGCAGGUCAAGGCGAGAGGAGUUCUGGAGGACGUGUGGGUUGAUAAAGAGGAUGGGGGAUGGAGCGUCAAAAUGCCGAGGGUUGUUCCAGUGCUAGAGGGUUCAGAAAGCACAACGCGCUGGGCUGGACCAGAUUUGGGGCAACACAACCGAGAGGUAUUAGUCGAACAAUUGGGCAUGUCGGACGAAGAACUAGAAAGACUCAAGCACAAGGGCAUUGUCGGAAAUUAA